ACCAUUACUGCCAACAUCUUGCUGCCUUUUUACCAGUCGGUGGAUCUGAACUUCAUCUACUAAAUCUGCCAGUCUCUAAAAAGUCUAUGGUUUCAGUGUUCUAUAGUCUGCAAUUUUUUUUUCCUCUCCUUCAGAAAAAUCCUAUUGGGCUGAAAAUCAAUAUACAGUCUUCUGUUUUUAUUUUAUGUUCUUCCUAAUAAGCAUAUUUUAUAGCAAUUUAUAGUUCCUUUUUAUUGGUAUUUCAGUUGAUAUUAACGAACUGCGUGAUAGAAUACAUGUAGUCGACCAUGAACCUAGUUAUCAUUUUAUGAGGCUUCUGUUAUAGUCUCUGAUAUGCUUUUUUGGGAUGAUGAAUGGGGUCGUAGAAACUUCCAAUGUUCCCUGUUAUGCAUGAAUAUUCUUUGAUAAAUGUCUCUUCACAGGACUUCUUCUUAGACCCUAAAUUUUCAACUUGCUGUUAUUAAAUCUCUUAUGGGUGGCUGUGCAUUGUACUUUUUGUGUUAAUAUUUCCAAGAAUGUUGAAGAUUUUAGAAACUGAACUCAAGGGAAAAAAUUAUACUAAUCAGAUUUGUUUUGCACUCAAAAUACCAACGCAGAUGUUCAUCCUGAGAUCUGCAUCACUUUUAGAAGUCAUUGGAAUCGGUGAUGACACGAAAUGAGCUUUGGAUCAGGUUUAACUACAUGUGGGGUAAGGGGAUUUUGUUUGUGAAUUUGUGUAGGUUUGCUUAGUUAGCAUUGUAGACAAAAAGGGGAAGGGGGUUUGCUGUCAGUCGAGUGCAAGCCGAAUUUGUUUAUUUAUAUUUAGUAGAUCAAAAGGCAUAAAAAUGAGAUCCAUAGGGGAUAAGGGGUGCUUGAGUUAUAGAACUACACAAGAGAUGCCGGAUGAAAGUAGUAUGAAUUUUGAGUUCCACGAAGGGAAUGGGAUGAAUCGAGCGUCUCAUCAACGAACAGCCUUAGGGAAACCAACUCCAUCGAAGUGGGACGAUGCACAAAAAUGGCUAGUAAAUCUAUCCAGAGGAGAUAAAAAUCAGGCAAAAGCUUCCCCCCGUAAUUCAAAUGCUGAUGAUAGGAGAUUAAUAGUUCCAGUACCAAAGAAAGAAUUCGCGAGUGGUGAGGAGGAAGAAAAUGAUGGCGCUAGCUCUACAGAUGUGAGUCCAUAUGAAGUAGAAACUAAGAAAGUAGGCUGUGAUGAGUCAAUAUGGAGAAUCAAUAAGCCUGUUAAUAGUUCUGCAUCGGGUGUGCACUCAAUAGGUGUGAGGGAUAUAGGGACAGAAAUGACUCCGAUUGCAAGUCAGGAGCCCUCGAGAACGGCUACUCCGAUUAAAGCCACCACUCCAAUAUCAAAACGCCCCAUUUGCUCUGGUCCAUCAACUCCAGUAAGAAGUCAGAAUGGAUUGCUGGCUCUCGAAAGUGGUCAAACUGUUACUGUCCCGACUGAGACGAGAGACGAGGGUAGCAGGGGUAAUGGUACCAACAGACAAUGCAGCAGAGAUGGAGAAGCACCAAAUGCUAACAAUGUGUCUGCAAGCAGGACUACAGAUCAAUCGAGAAAGUUAAAUCCUUUGGAAACCGGAGCAACAGCUUGGGAAGAGGCCGAGCGUGCUAAAAACAUGGCAAGGUACAAGCGUGAAGAAGUGAAGAUUCAGGCCUGGGAAAAUCAUCAGAAGAGGAAAGCUGAAAUGGAAAUGCGGAGAAUGGAGGUAAUUUGACAUUAUUCUAUAACC